UGGGAAUUAUCAGGAGAAUUGAAAUAAAUUUAUCGCCGUUCCUGCGCCUCCUACGUUGUUGUGCCAGUGCAGAAAUACGGAGCAUAUUUAGCCGCUCGUCCUGCUGGGUGAUGACAGGCCUGGCACAGUAAUUCCCAUUAGCAUUAUCCUUAAGAAAAUAAGAGCAUGGUGGUUGACCUCGUACGGUGCUAGUUUAUUCUCUAAGCAAAGUAUUUUUUGCUUGCUGGUGAUGGAAUGUACAUUGCAGGUUAUUGUUCAUCACAUGAAGCUGCUGAAGGACAACCUGCAAAGAGGAUGAAAUGCGAAGAAAGCAGUCUAAAAUCAGAGAUAGAGGGAGUAAUGUGUGAAAGUGGAAACCUUGCUGCACUGGGGGAAACACCCAAAACAUCUGAUGGGGAUGGAGGUGUAGAAGAUGCAGGAGACAGCAGUAUAGACAGCAGUAUAAUCCAACAGGAAAAAGAUGAAAGCAUUCCAGAGACUGAUGAAGGGAAGCAGGAAAAGGAGCAUGGUGUUUCUCUGGAGCCCCACACAGUGAAACCCAGUGAUGCUCCAUUAAAAAUAGGGGGGUAUCUGCACCACUAUCAGGUGUUCAGCGAAGAGGAGAGCAGCUGUGGGAGCUUCGAUGGGGCCACCUCGGAGGAUGCGGAUCGCCCGCGGAGGCCGAUGUUCCUGGAGCACAGCAGCGGCCUCUCGGAUGAGGACAGCAAUCAGCCCAUGCCAGUGCACCGGUUCUUUGGAGAUGUUGAGCUGCAUCUCCCAGCAGUUGUGCUCCCGAGUGUGACGAGGAGCAGGCGAGAAGCCAGGAAGCUCCAUUUCAUUGCAAAGGAAGAUGAUGAGGAGGAGGAGGAGGAGGAAGAAGAGGAUGUUGUUUAACAACAAACUGUAAACAAAUGAAACCAUUCUUUUCUUUGCAACCACAUGGCAAUGGCUGUGUCAGUAACAUGAGGUCCUUUUCUCAGGGAGAGAACUGGGAGAGUUUGUUUUGCUGGAAUUGGCAGAUACAGUAUUCCAGUGAUUAUGUGGGGCAAAUACUGAAUUUUCAGUGAUUUGGAAAUAAAGUAUAAUUUAGCACUUUACCACUGAUAUUUAGGAAAAAAAACCCCAGGGAAAAUAGAAGUUCGUAUUGUUUUUUUGUAAAUUUGAGCCUCUGUCUUGAAGUAUUUGAUUUCAUUCCAUUUUUUUAUAAAAUGGUCAAGAAAAGGAUGCUAGAGCAAGGUUCUUUUUCAUUUAAUUCUGUGAUGUCCCUGGCAUCCAGGUAAUAAAGGAGAAAACUGACUCCCUGGUACAAAGAAGGUCAAGGGUCUCCCUUGUGUGGGUUGUUUACACCUAACCCAGGACCAAUUAAACCUCUAAAAUGCAGUUCUGCUGGCAAAAUGAAAUGCAGGAUGUCAGAGUGAGUUCGGUGUGCUCAUCUUUGGGAGUUCAGCACGUUUUCAUUGCACAUCAGCUCCCCAAACACCCACCCCAUGGUGCUGCCUCCUCCCUCCACCUGCUGCUCCAAGUUGUCCUUUAUUGAUCUUCAGCUUUCUUUCAGCAGGGAUUUUGGAAACAAAUGCUUUGGUGGUGAUACACAAGGAAUACCAUCCCUUGGAUUUGAUGGACUGAGGAAGAUUGCUAAGGCUGUGGGGCAGCCCCCUCUGCAUGUUUAAAAAAAAAAGGAGCAACCUCAGCCACUUCUAGGAACUGUUAAUUCACCCAGUGUUUGUGGGAAUAUUUCUUUGAAAGUGUGAUUAUGCAAUAAGAUUCUAGAUAUUUAUUGUUAUAACUCCUUCUAUGUUUCUAAAAAUAGAGAGAAAAUGUUAUCAGCAGAUGGUUUAAAUAAAUAUUAAUUUCUACAGCUAGAGCCUGUUAAACAUUCAAAAGUUGUAAGGCAAACAAAUUGCAUAUGUAUGGCAUGGUAAUGCAUUCCCAUUUCUACUCCAGCUGAUGCAUUGUUUCUGUCAAAGAUAUUCCUUGGCUCCUUUUCACUCUAAUUCUGUAACACGGAAAAAUCCAGAUUUUUUAAUUGCA